AUGGGCUGGUCCAGAUCCCUGGUCUCCAUGGCAGUGGUUGUGGUUAUGUCUAUGAUGGUAUUCGUUUUAUCAACGGCGGUGGACAUGUGGACCGAUGAAAAAUCGGUGGUGUGGAGGAGGUCGGAAGAGGAGCUGAUGAGUAUGUACGAAUCAUGGGUUGUGAAGCAUGGAAAGUCCUACAACGGCGAGGCCAUGGCAGUGGGUGAGAAGGAGAGGAGAUUCGAGAUCUUCAAGGAAAACCUGAGGUUCAUCGAGGAACACAACGCUGAGAACCGGAGCUACAAAGUGGGUCUGAACAAGUUCGCUGACCUGACCAACGAGGAGUACCGAUCCAUGUACCUGGGAGGUGCAAAGGCCGGCACUAGGCGGAGGCCUUCCAUGCCCAAGGUCACCGACCGAUAUGCUCCUCGCCUCAACGAGGCCUUGCCGGACUCCGUCGAUUGGAGGAAGGAAGGUGCUGUUGUUCAAGUCAAAGAUCAGGGUAGCUGUGGGAGUUGCUGGGCUUUUUCAACAAUUGCUGCUGUGGAAGGGAUCAACAAGAUUGUGACUGGUGAUUUGAUCUCGCUAUCAGAACAAGAGCUAGUGGACUGUGAUAAAUCUUAUAAUGAAGGAUGCGAUGGGGGUCUCAUGGACUAUGCUUUUGAGUUCAUCAUCAACAAUGGUGGUAUUGAUAGCGAGGAAGAUUACCCCUAUAAAGCUAGAGAUGGGACAUGCGACCAAUACAGGAAAAAUACAAAGGUUGUUACAAUUGAUGAUUAUGAAGAUGUUCCUGAAAACAACGAGAAGGCAUUGCAAAAGGCAGUGGCAAAUCAACCCGUGAGUGUUGCCAUUGAAGCUGGUGGCAUGGCAUUCCAAUUCUAUGCCUCUGGUAUAUUCUCGGGGAAAUGCGGGACAGCGCUAGACCAUGGUGUUACUGCUGUUGGAUAUGGUACAGAGAAUGGUGUCAAUUACUGGAUUGUCAAGAAUUCAUGGGGUGCAAGCUGGGGAGAGAGUGGCUACAUCAGGAUGGAGCGUAAUGCAGGUUACACUGGAAAAUGUGGAAUUGCAAUGGAGGCCUCUUAUCCUAUCAAGAAUGGUCAAAAUCCCCCGAACCCUGGCCCAUCUCCUCCAUCUCCAAUAAAGCCUCCUUCUGUUUGUGAUGAUUACUAUGCUUGUCCAGAGAGUAGCACCUGCUGCUGUGUCUAUGAAUAUGCCAACUAUUGCUUUGAUUGGGGAUGUUGUCCACUCGAGGGUGCCACCUGCUGCGAAGACCAUUAUAGUUGUUGCCCCCAUGAUUAUCCCAUAUGCAACACAUACUCCGGGACCUGCUUAAUGAGCAAGGACAACCCAUUAGGAGUGAAGGCAAUGAAGCGCGUUCAUGCUAAGCCUCAAUGGGCCUAUGCGAAUGAUGGAAAGACGAGCAGUGCUUGACAAAGCUUCUUCGCAGCCUUUAAGCAGUGGAUAAAGGAAGCAGUGUUGAAAGAAUUAUAGCAAUGCUUGAUGGUCUACUUGGUAUAACUAUUCUGCACACCUCAUUUCCACUAGAUGGAUUUUCAACUAAUGAUCAUCAGAUGCUUAUUAUGUAUAUAAUACUAUUUAAAGCAUUGGAAGGAUUAUGUAAUAGUGGCAUUUUUCGGAAUGCAUUUUCAUGUCAAUUUUAAGAACAGAUUUUGUGAA